AUGGAAGCUUUUGCCAUCGAGACAAUUCUGAGAAUGUAUGCCAUCUUUAGGGGUCCAUUGAAUGUCAACAGUCAGUUGCUAGAUGUCAGAUUCAAGUCAAAUUAUCCUUCAGAGUCUCAUGCUAUUCAUUCAGAUUCCAAACAACAUCAAACACAUACUAACAAAGAAAAUCUAGUCAAAGAAUUCAAUAAACCAUUACCAGACGUAGGACACAUUCCUUGCUAUUGUAACCAUUGUCAUAAUCAAUCAGCAUAUGCUAUUAGGACAAUUAAUUGCGUUACAUUAUUCUUCAUCCCAGUUUUACCAUUUUAUUUCACAAAGAGAUUAAAAUGUUCAAUUUGUGGUACGAAUGGACAAAUUGAUGAUACUGCUAUUGAUCGAUUACGACAGGGACAACCAGUUAUGAUUGGUUAG